AUGGGGACAGGGACAUGGGGACACUACCAGCGCAGGCAGCGGCGGGAGCCGGGAGCCCGCGGGAUCCGGGGAGCGGCGGGGGAGCCGCCCCGGAAUUUGUUUGGAUCCCGCUCCGCGGUUUUCCAGAGGUGCCUCCAGGUCUGCGGGAGGAGCCUCGCGCCGGGCCCGGGGUGGUGGGAACGGAGCUGGGAGCGGCUGUGGGGUCGCUGCCACCCCUUGGGGCUCUCCCCAAAAACCCCAACGCAACCCCGCGCCCAGCAGGGGCCUGGUCAGGACCAGGGGAGGCUCUCAACUUUCCCAGUAAUUGUGAAAUCCCGCGGGGAAAGUGGGAAGAGCGGGAAUGUCCCGGGCUCCAGCACCACGGAAGUGUCAGGCCGUGUAAAGUCGGACUCGGUGAUCCCAAAUCCCGGGAUCUGGGGCCGGGGGCCAGCGGUGGCACCUCCGGAGCGCGUUCCGCCCCUCGGGGGGGUUUGGGGGCUCCGCCACCCACGGCGCGAGCGGCAUUGCCCAGGAUCCCGCGGCAUCAUUCCAAGGAAUCCGGGGCUGGCUCCGCUCCCUGUGCCCGCUCCCGUCUGCAGGUUCGCUGCGGUGGCACCAUCAGGAGGCAGCUCCAGCCGGGAUUUUCCUCACUGGAAGCAGGAAAAUCGCUCCAGCCUUUCCCACAGCAGCAGGAGGCUCCGGGAAUCCCCUCUUGGAAAAGUUCCUGACCCAGUUUGACCUCGGGGGGGGACGAUAAAUCCCAAUAAAUCCCGCUCGGCUGGGA